GUUUGUGGUUACUAUUUUCUAGGACUGUUUCUGGGAUAUAUUUAUAGUAUGGAAUGGGUGUUUUAGGUGUGACUAUGAGGUUAUAUUUUGUGGCUAUCUUUUGGUGAAUUAUGUUUGCUACCUGAUCAUGCCUGAAUUUGUAGUCGGUCUGGGCUAUUGAUCUACAGGCACCUGUGAUGUGUUGAAUAGUUUCUGAGCUGCUAUUGCAUUUUCUACAUAAAUCUGAGGUAACCUCAAAUAAGAUGGCAGAUAGCAGAACAAGUUACUACCUUCCACUGCUGGUAGUUUUAUCCACAUACUUCAUAGCUUCAAAAUAUGUGUUUGACAAAGUGAAUUCAGAAUCAGGAAUAAUUAUUGAUGAAUUAUUUCAUUUGCCGCAAGGUCAACUUUACUGCAACAGGAAUUUUACUUACUGGGAUCCAAAGAUUACUACUUUACCUGGCCUAUAUAUUGUGUCAUCCGCAUUAGUUGGUCCCUAUUUUGAUUGUACAGUUUAUAACUUAAGAUUUGUAAACUUACUAGCAUCUUGCAUUAAUUUACUUUUGUUUUCAUCAAUAUUGAAAUAUGUAUACUUUAAUGAUAAUUUGAAAAUUGUAUUACAGGCAUUGAGCCUUGCACUACUUCCACCUUUAUAUUUUUUUUCUUAUGUAUAUUAUUCAGACACAUUGUCUAUAACAUUUUUGUUGGCUUUUUCGAGGUUGUGUCUGACUAAUAGGUAUAAGUUUUUAAUGUUUAUCUUUGGUGCUUUUAGUAUACUCAUGAGACAAACAAAUAUAGCAUGGAUAGCCAUGGUUUUUGGUCAUAAAUUCUUAGAUAUUUUCAUAAAAAGUUCAAGAGUUUUUGGCAAUGUGUAUAUAACAAACAUAAAGCUUAGUAAAACCUCUCUGAUAGCACAGGAUGUGGAUUCAUCAAAGGUGAAAAGAUAUUAUGAUCUGGGGGAUGUGUUUCAAGCUAUGAAAUAUCAUUUGGGAACUUAUUUCAGAACGUUUUUUAAGUUUCUUAUCUAUCAAGAUUUUGUAACAUUGCUAACCCAUUGCAUUUUGCUUAUAUCCUUUGUAGUGUUUGUCUAUAUAAAUGGUUCAAUUGUGGUUGGUGACAAAAAGGCCCAUGAAGCUACACUCCACCUGCCCCAAUUAUUUUACUUCUCUCUUUUUUAUGGGUUUUUCGGUUUGCCAUAUGCAUUAGCCAAGUUAGGAUCAACAUUGAAACUGAUAUUCAGUCAGAAAUUAAGAGUGUUCUUGCUAAUCAUAGUCUGUCUCGUUAUUGUUCAUUUUAAUACAAUCACACAUCCUUAUUUACUGGCAGAUAAUCGUCAUUUUACAUUCUACAUUUGGAACAGGUGGUUUGGUAAAUAUGAAUUUGCUAAAUAUGCAACAGUUCCUGUGUAUGUUUUUCUAUUUUACAGCCUGUAUGAUAAUCUGAGAGAUCAAAAUUGCAUAUCAUUCCUUUUACCUUACUCUGUCAGUACAAUAUUGGUCUUAGCUUUGCAAAAAUUAAUUGAAGUGAGAUAUUUUUUGGUUCCUUACAUAAUUUUAAGAUUGCGCUUUGUGAGGCCUUCAUAUAAAAUAGUUAUUUUUGAGUUUUUAUGGUAUGUUCUAAUUAAUGUUGCGGCAUUCCAUGUAUUCUUUUCUCGAGCAGUGUAUUGGAAAGAUUUUGAUGAUGCACAGAGAAUCAUAUGGUAAAUAUCUAACCGUAGUCUAUGUAAAACCUAUAUUAAAGGUGCUAUUUAAAUCCCAGUGUGUCAAAAGCUUUUGUUUUUAAUUUUUAGCAAACUUCAAAAACUGAGGUUCUUAUAUGAUCAUUCCUCAGUUCAUGUCAAUUGAUAUAAAAAGGAUGUAGCGUUAAUAGCACUAAGAGUUAUCGGGUCGUGAGUGCAUACAUUUAUUACAUGAAAAUGCUUGAUUGUAGGUAUUUGAAUAUUAAAGCCUGUUUCAGUAAAAACGCCAAAGGUAUCCAGAUAUUUUCCCACCAGGGCGGCGCUACUGGAGUGCGUUGGCUUAAAACGAUACUUGUAACUGCCACUUUAAGCUAGUGAACUGUCCAACGUGUAACGAAACUCCGGUCUUACGAAGAUUUUGUAUUUGUAAUGACUUGAUAUGUAACAUCAGCCCAAUUAAAUCAAGCGAAAUCUAGGCUAAAAAACCGUUUACCCUAAUGCACUGCCAUAAAUGUUUUUUUAGCAUGUUUAAAAUCACCUAAUACAAAUACUAUCUUUGCUUUUAAAUAAAUUUAACAAAAAGACAUAUCAAUUUAAUAAGCCCAUAUCACUAUUUCCUACCACGUUGCAUUAUUUUUUAAUAAUUCGUUAAUCAAAUAUGAUACCCUCUUUGCUUCUCUUUACCUUCAAAAUAGGUUUUCGAUAUCAUAAAUUCUCUUGAAUAAUUGUGUAUGUUUUGGACAGUUUAUAUAUUUUUUUAUUAAUAGAAAUGAUAUAAACUGCCAAAGUUGUAAUAUCCUGAGUGGGUUGACUGUAAUGAAUAUAAGCUAUCAAAUUUUAUUUAAGAAGAGUUCAUCACUGAAAUAUGUAACAAAUUGUUUCAUAGAAACUGUAAGCCAAGUUUCUAGUCAUUGAGCCAUAAUAAGACACUUGAUGGACCCAUCCUACACUACACUUGGAAAUACAAAUAAAGUUUAAGAUUGAUUCACUAAACAUCCAACUUAUGGGUGUUGUGACAUGAGACAUCACUCCAAA